GAGGCUGCUUUGGGAACUGCUGCAGCAGCACUGGAUAGGAGGGACAAAUUGGAUCCCUUGGACCCAAGCAGGGGAGGGGAGGAGUUUUACCAAGUCCAAGACAGCGAUCGCUAUUGCAAGAAGUGCCCCGCGGGCACCUACGUUGCAGAGCCCUGUAAAGAGCAAAAUGGCUCCAGCAAGUGUUUGCCAUGUAAAGAAGAUGAAUACAUCGAAUACCCAAAUGACUUUACCAAGUGCCUUGGCUGCCGGACGUGUCGGGAAGAUCAAGUGGAGCUGAGUCCCUGCAGAGCCAUCAGCGACACGCAGUGCGCCUGCAGGAACGGCACCUUCUGCUCCCCGGACCACCCCUGCGAGAUGUGCCAGAAGUGCCGGCCCCGGUGUCCCGAGGGCGAAGUGGAGCAGGCUCCCUGCACGCCGCACAGCGACCGCCAGUGUGGUCCUCCCACCGCCACCUUCCCCAACUCCUCUAGAGACAGGACAGACCUGAGAAGGAAGUCCUGCAAUGUGCUGGGCUACCUGGUGCGGCAGCUGACGAGGUGCCAGAGAGGGGGCCUGGGGACGCAGGACAACAACCGCAACGAGCAGAUCUCCCGGGAUCAGCUGCUCCCCAGGGCAUCGGGUUUGGUGACUCCCAGCGCUCCAGGGCUGGAGGUGGUGGUACCGACGACCUCUUAUCCCAGUGUGCAACCCAGGUGGAAUCUGGUUCCAGUGCAAGGAAAAGACCCCUUUACCGUUUUGCGACGAUCUUUUGACAUCUUUGCCCAAGACGUGCCCUACAAGGACUGGAAGAGAUAUGGCCGAGCCCUUGAUCUGCUGGAGAACGACAUUGCCAUCGCAGAGCUGAACGACAAGUAUUCACUGGAGCCCUUCUUCCAGAUGCUCAACACGUGGCAGAACAGACAAGGGAUGAACGCCUCUGUGAACACGCUGCUGGAGACCCUGCACCAGAUCAAUCUCGGAGGCAUUGCAGAGGAUAUCUCCUCCAAGCUGGUCCAGCAGGGAUAUUUCCAAUAUGAAAUGAGCUGA